AUUCUUUUGACUAUGUUGGUUACACUGAAUACUUAGAUAUAUCUAUUUUGUGAAAUGUUCUGUUUUACAGAAUACUCUGAGAAAUUUAUAAAGAAUAGUUUUAGAAAUAGAUCAAUAUUUUAAAAUUUGUUUCUUUUAAUGCAGGAUCAAUUUGCUGAAUGUGACAAAUUAAGUUUCCAUUUUGAGUCAAUACCUAUGCAGCAAUCAUUUGUCAUAUAUAUGUCAUGUAAGAGUUUGCCGAUGUAUGUGAUAUUUCUAGCAAAAAGUGUUUUGCCUUUAAUUAUACAGAGUCUAGAAUUUUUCCAGAAUUUCUUACCGUAAUUUAGAACUAUGUAUUCAGGAAGUGACUCAAAUGAAUCCCAAAAGUAUGCCCAGUGGGCCCUCAACCCAGCAUCUUUUCAAAAUGUUCCCGGUGAACAAGUCGAUUGGGCAGCGCUAGCCCAGCAAUGGAUUAUAAUGAAAGAAGCAGGUCCUCCUCCAAUGCCGGGAGAUCCACCUAUUGCUCAGAAAGGAAAAAGAAUCAGUACCGAAGGUGGAGAAGCUGAAAUGGAUGUAGAAAAUGAUAAAGAAGCACCUCCACCUCCUGUAUGGAGUUCAAAUGAGGUACCUCCCCCGCCAAGUAUAGAUACAUGGAAUUGGAGUGCUCAAAAUCCAUCUUGGAAUUGGAGUAAUAAUUGGGCACCUCCUGUACCUCCUCCUGCACCAAGUAUUAGUGGAGUGAAAGCCCCGCUAUUGCCUACACCUAAUAAUUCUUAUGUUGAACCUAUUGAAAGCACUAGUGAUAAUGCUACACCUUUUGGAAGUCAUACAAAUUCCAACAGUCCCCAUUAUUGGAACAACACUUCAACUUCACCUACAAAACAUAUUAAACCUCACAACAAAAGAUAUAGUAAAGUAAAUGUACCUAUAAGAGCACCAGCUCCAAUCACUCCAUCGGCAAUUCCAGUUGACACAACAGUAGUAUCAGGAACAACUUUAGACAAUGCCAAAAGGAAACAACUACCAGCUUGGAUAAGAGAAGGUUUAGAAAAAAUGGAAAAGGAUAAAUUGAAACAGAUGGAAAAACAAAAAGAAAAAGAAGAAAGGGAGUCUUAUUUGGAAAAUUCCAAACCAAAUAAAGAGACAAUUGAAAUUUUGAAGUCUACAAUGAAAGAACGACAAAAAAGUAGAUUUGAUAGUGAUGGUGAAAAUUCUGAAGAAGAUACCAAAGUGAAAAAGCAACAAAAGAGCUCAGAACCAGCACCUUUGUCCCAUGAUGAAUUGAUGCUAAAAGUAAGACAUACUAUGACAGAAAUCUUAUUAAGUGUAACUAAUCGGCAUAUAGAAUCUGUAUGUAGAGAGGAAUUGCAACGUUUUAUGAAAAAUCGAAAAGCCUCCCAAGCAGCAUCAGCACCCAGCGGUGCCACGAUUAGAAGCCGACUUGGGUUGGGUAUUUACGGAGAUGAUGAUUCUGGAACUAGUUCAGGUGAUGAUACUGAUGAAGAUUUUCGCAGAAACUCUAGAAAUUCUGAUGACGAAUUAAAGGAUACAAUUAAAAGGAAAAUGGCAGAUUUCCAAAAAACCGAAAGGGAAAUAGAGAAUAGGUUAGAAGAUGCAGAAAGGCGCAAAGGAGGUAGCUUAAGUAGAUCACAAAGUCCGGAAUCCAACGAUAACGAAUCACAGGUAGACGCUCGAGAUCAAGACCGAAAGUAUUAUGAACAAGAUACCAGACAAAUAACAUCUUCUCCGAAAUCGUACGAUAAACAAAAGGCUCGAUCGCAGUCGAGUUCGUCGCAAGAUAGCGACUAUUCUAUUAAUAGAUCGAAAAGUCGACGUUCUUCGUCAGAAGAAUCGAAAAAUUCAUACAAAAGAUCAAAAAAGAGAUCAUCUACUCCAAAAAAAAGACACAGUUCCACAUCUUCACAUUGGUCGAAAUCACCAUCGAGAAGAGAUUCUAAUAGCUCUAGAAGAGACUCCCGUAGAAGCAAGAAAAAAUCCUCAUCGAAAAGAACUAGAUCAAGGUCAUAUUCCAGAUCACGAAGAUCGAGAUCAUCUUCAUACAAAAGAUCAAAAAGGACACGUUCUAGAGAAAGAUCUAGAAGAUCAAAGAGUUCAUCGAGGAGUAGGUAUUCUAGAAGAUCACCUUCUAGUUCACGUUCAGAUAGAAGAAGGAGAAGAAGAUCAAGGUCAGAAAGUAGCAGCAGGGGUAAGAGAUCUCACAGGCAUUGAACAACUCUUGGAUCUUAAAAGGUUGUAUAUUUUGUACCAUUUUUUAAUCCUAGUUAAUUCAAAAUAUGCAGAUACCAUUAUUUCUGAUGCUAUAACUGAUCGGUACAAAAUUUAAAGAUCUCAAUUUCUUAUUUUUUAGUACAAUGUUGUAAUUUUUAUUCAUUGUUAAAUAUGAUCUUUUCCAUAUUGGACUAUGUGUACAUAUCUUUAUAGGUGUGCAAAAAGCUAAUUUUUUUCCAUAACCUCAGUUAAAGUAUCCUUCCAUCUGCAUAUUUUUUUCUCUAAGUACGAACCAACACUUAUUUUCUUUCUUCAGGUGUUUUAUAAGGAGUUGGAGAUCAUACCUUGGUGAUAUAAAUGUGUAAAUUAUUUAAAAUUGCACUUUUAGCAUUGAUUAUUGAAUUAGUUUUAAGUCUUCCUUAUACAAAUGUGUAUGAGUUUGUUUCAUGAAAUUCUUUUAGGGCAAAAUCAGUUUUAUAUUGUAAUAUGGAUAUGUUUGAAUAUUUUUCUCCAAUACAAGGAAGUUCAGUCCAAAUUGUUUUUCGAAUUACUUCAAGUUGAAAUUUAAUAACAGAUAGUAGACAGCUUAAAACAAAUAUAAAUAAACUGACUAUUUAAUAUAAAGUGAGACAUUGUUCUGGUGACAAUUCAGGUAAUCUUGCAGGUCAAAGUAUACUACAGGUUCAAUAAGUUGACAUUCUAUUAGCAACCAGGGUAAUUAAAUAUGAAACACUAUGUUAAAAUGAACUCUGAUUGUGAAAAAAUGCAUUUCAAUUCUUUAGAAUAAAGAACCACAGUGUUAAAGAUGUUUGGCAAUUCAUAUUAAUAUUUUAACGUAAUAAAAUAAACAUUCUUUUAGGAAUAGCCAGGUUCCAUGGUGUUGAACAAUAUCUCAAAGUCAUUUAGCUGAAAUAGAUAGCGAAUUUUACACAAUUUGUUUGAUGCCAAAAAAAAGAUUCAUGACACAAAUAAUUAAUUUUGAAUUUCAAAUUACAUAAUAUGUUCUUGAAUUGUUUUAAUUUUACGGGUAUACACCUUUUUUGUGUCGCUAUAUUCGAGGUACACCUGAAUAGCAUUUCAAUUUUAUUGUAGUACGACGUGUGGUUAUUAAAUAAAGAGACUGGUACAUUGCUCCAUGAGAAUUUUUUAUUGUUCAAAAUAUUGCAGGAAGUCUUCUUCUGUCAGUUCCUUCAGGACGCUCAUAGCUUCUUUCACGGCAAACUACUAACGAUCACUGCCCACUCUGAUUAUUACAAAUGAAAGGAGUUCAGGCUAUUAAUUGUUUACUGUGACUUUUCAUUAACAAAAUUGACUUUUUAGAUCUAAAUAAUGGCUGGCACUUUCAACAGUGAUUUAUUGAAAUGUUUAAAAUUAUGGAGAGUGUCCCUAUAAAAAUCCGAAAAUUUUGUAACUUGACACUAUUUUUCCGCAUUUUACACAUAUUUUAAUAAAACAACACACAUUUUACUUUUGAAAAGUCGUUAACAACCGUAAGGACUAUUGAACACAUUCCUCCUUCUCCAUUCUUUUUUUUGAACAAUAUAGAUUGUUUUCCUCUAUGUAAAUUUGAUUAAUUGUAAUAUUGGUUGAUGUUUUUAUGUAAAAAGCAAGCACAAGGAGGUGAACCCCUAAGUGCAUUACGAAUUUUCAACUUUAUGUUUAACAUACCUUUUUAUCUCGAAUAUGUUAUCUAUUUGCGUAAUUAUUGGGGCUCAGUAGGCACUCACAAAAAAGAAUAAUUUUAGUUCAACAGUUAUGUGAAUUUAUAUAAAUAUUAGUUUUACAACGUAACAGUUACUGAGCUGAGAGAAGUUGUUUAACUAAAAAUUCAGGCUGAUUGGCACUUUACAUGUACUAGAUUUAUGAGCUGGUUUACUUUGAAGCUAAUAAAAGAAAAAUUUUGUAAUUACAUUUAUCAGAACUACAAAUUGAAAUAGUCACAUUUCUGUUUAAGUUUGGAACAUCUCAUUUUCAAAUAACUUAAAAUCAAAUUUCUUUUUUAGAACAUAUAACAUUGUUGUUGUUACUUUUGGAUUGAGCUUCUUGAAAUAAAAUACAGUGAUGUAGGAAAAAA